CGAAUUUAAACCAUGACAUCAUCACUAGUUAUAAGAGGCAGUUAGCUCAUACCAGCAUACUACUAGAACAUCUCCAUUAGUAUCAAAUAUGUCCCGAGUCAACUGCCAAGUCGGAUUCUUGCAAGCAAACUUUUUGGUCCGCGUUCGCGGCUAUUUCUUAGACUAGGAUGUCUGAUGAGUCUCGUCCUGAAUUUUACGGCUUACAGCGACCAGCAACGGCGACUCUCCCACAGCAGCCACAGCAACAAUCCAGACCUCAAGAUGAUGGGGAAUCUGGUCGACGUCGUUCUAGCUCCGAUCCUACGGGUCGGGGCCGCCAACGACCAGGUUUGGCGAUAAUACGUCCUCGCAGAGGAACAGAGGGUUCUGGUAUGCCUGCAAUUCCCGAGAAUGUGAGACCUACCAGUACCGCCCUCUUCCAUGGUCCAAAUGGACGUACGGAACUAGAUACAAAUCUGGCAGACAUACUGGAUGUCAUUGAUCCCGAAGUAUCUACGUUGAAUAAUGUUACCAACAUACAAAACUCCCUUUUCAUCCCAUCUCUCGGCAGAUGGAUCAAUCGGCGCCCGACUUACCAGCUGUCUAUGGCACCUAGAGAACCUAGCAUUCGAGAGCAAACGAUUGAACAAGAAGAGUUCAAUUUUGAACAUGCCGUUCUGCCAGAUGGUGUAUUCUUGGAAGGCUGGGACGACGACGAGAAGGCUGAACUGAACGACUACGUGCGUCACAUGCUGCAUUCACGACGGUCUAAGUUCAAACGCAGUAUGAAGGCAUUCGGCCAGUACGUCAGUAAACCACUCGGUUUCCUGGUUACAUUAUACGCAACGCUCAUCACCCUGUUCGGUCUGGCUUGGGUGCUGUUUUUGAUUGGUUGGAUCUACGUUGGUGAGGAGCAGGUCUACGCCAUCAACGUCAUCGACUAUGUCUUAGUUGCCCUUUUUGCUGUUGUCGGCGAUGGCUUAGCGCCAUUCCGUGCUGUUGAUACCUAUCACAUGAUUUAUAUCGCACACUAUCACCGCUUAACGUGGAAGUUGCGUAGGAAAAGGCGCAUGGGGAAACUCCGCGACAAGAACGAUUUGCCAACGAAUGCGGACCUCGAGGCGGCGCGCGACGAGAUCUCGGUUUUAACCCCAGAACAGGAGGCUCGGCUCGUGCACCACCAGACCAAGUUCGCCAAGUCCCACACUUUUUACAAGCCACACGAGACCAAAACGCACUAUGCUUUUCCCUUAAACUGGUUGGUCGCGAUUGUGACAUUGCUAGAUCUUCACUCGUGCCUCCAAAUCUCACUGGGCGCUACAACAUGGGGUAUCGACUAUAAUAAGCGACCGAUGGCAUUGACAGCGACAAUUUUGAGCUGUUCCAUCACGGUCAAUAUUACGGCGGGGAUUUUAAUUAGCAUCGGCGGGAGGCGCACGCGGAAAAAGGAUGUAGUCGAGCGCAUGUUCCGGCAAGAUCUAACGCGUGAGGCUUUCGACAAGAUUCGCGAGAAAGGCAAGAAGCAGGGUGAUACCGGAAAGCAGCUCAAGGCUGAGCGGGCUCUCGAAAAAGCUCGGAAGAGUGAGGCGAAUGACGACACCCCCACGGAUGCCGAAAUUCGGGGUAUCCCGAUAGAAGAUAAUAGGAAUGAUGAUGAGAAGGGUAUAUACCCGGAUGUGCGAUGAUAUCAAAAUAUACGCGAGCUAAUGUCUAAUGACUUAGUCUUUGGGUUUCGGUAAUUUUAGCUUUUAGACAUAUGGAAUAGAGGUCAAUUUGUUGGUUAUCAAGUCUGCGUUCUGGAUGAUUUUGAGGUACCUCGUUACUUACGAAUAAGGGGCUCCGGAUAUUAUUUUUGCUGCAUACCCCUGAUUAGCUAAGCAAAAUAGAGUCCUACGCCGCCAAGGGCUACAAGGGUCAGGUUUCAUUGAAAGAUCAAAUUUCCAUCAUUUUAUUCCACCAGCUGCGCAUAUCUAUCGGUUUACUUAGAAUCCUUUCAAACGACUUCUUAUGCAGUGUUACUCACGUAUUAUCAACGAAAUCAAAGUCGGCCUAACAUAGCAAGAAGCCCGUCUGCCAAGUGUUAGAUACAAACAGAUACCCCUAGCCGUUUUUACUACUUUCAGUAUGAUGGUGCGAUAUAGGGCUGAUGAUAUGGGUCUUAGCCACACUCGAUUUAAGAGGUUAAACUAACAAUUGGCCAAUUUACCACAGCCGC